AUGGAGGGCCACCUAAGACAGCUCAGCCUGAGCAGGGGGCCCGAAGGGGCUGGGGACUGCCAGGCCCUGGCUGAGCUGCAGGAGCUGGCCCUGAGGUGGUUCAUGGAGACACAGGCCCCCCUCAUUCUGCAGAACGGAGCCCUGCCCCCCUGGUUUCACGGAUUCAUCACCCGCAAGCAGACAGAGCAGCUGCUCAGGGACAAAUCUCUUGGCUCCUUCCUCAUCCGCCUCAGCGACCGGGCCACUGGCUACAUCUUGUCCUACAGGGGCAGUGACCGCUGCCGGCAUUUUGUCAUCAACCAGCUCCGAAACCGGCGCUACCUCGUCUCAGGGGACACCCAGACCCACGGCACCCUGGCCGAGCUCGUGCGCCAUUACCAGGAGGUGCAGUUUGAGCCCUUCGGGGAGACCCUGGCUGCUGCCUGCCCCCGGGUAGAGGACAACGAUCUGUAUGACGCCAUCACCCCGGGCCUCCAUCAGGCCAAUCCGGGCCGGGGACAUCCAGCUGCUGCAGUGUCCCCCACGGUGGUCCCAGACCAGGCUGCCAGCCCCCGCCCCUCCCCCAAGCCCCAGGUCUCCUUCCUCCACAAAAAGAACAGCCUGGAUGCAAGUCCCUGGAACCUCUCCGAGGAAGAAAGCACAGAGGACCCUGUCAAGGUGCCUCCCCUCCCGGAGAGAAGGGCCUCCCUUCUGGACGAGUCUUUUGGAGGCCCCAACGACAUCAUCUAUGCAGACCUAAGAAAGACAAACCAGGCACGGCUAGGUCUGGGCACAGACGUGUCCAGCAGGCAGGGGCCAGUUUCAGGUGGCAGCCAGGCCUGCUCCCCAGGCAAGGAGUCCCCUAGAAGACUCCCAGAUGGAACCCAGAACAAGCCUGAUGGCCCGGGACCUGCCCUCUCUGGGGUUAGCCCAGACCAGGGCCCUAGAGUGUCUCCUACUUCUUGGGGCCUCCUCCUGGCCCCCAGUUCUGAGGCCCUAGGAUCCUCAGCUGCUACCUGGAGCCAGGGGUCUCCAAAACUGAGCCGUGGGGCUCAGCCCUGCUCCCAGGGCAGUUCUGCAGACACUUAUGAGCUCAUCCGGACAGAAGGUCUCUCAGAGGAGGCCAGUGAUGUGCCAGACCAAGAAGGCGGCAGUACCUAUGAGAAGGUAGAAGUCUGCUGGGGUGGCCCAGCCAGGUCCCCCUAUCCUGGGACAAGUCCUACAUAUAGCAAACUUUCAGGGUCCACAGACUGUGGCUAUGAGAGGAUCUCAGGGGCCCCGGAUCUCCCAGAGCCCAGGAACACCUAUGAACAAAUCCCGGCAGCCAGGAGCAAGGAGACUGGACGGACAUAUAAGCCUGACAAGCUCCGGAGGCUCUUCUUCACAGACAAGAAGCACAAAUCCUGAGGCGGCCUGGCUUCCAGCAGCCCACCAGCGGGUUUCCCGGUACC